CGACUCCGCACUCAACGCUCUCAGUCAACCGGUCAGAUGGUUCACUAUGAUCUGGGGCCCCGCAUUCUUCGCAUCUUGCCGAGCGUGAUAGCGGCGUCGUGCAUUGAUUCAAUUGCCAUUAUGUCGAUCGAAUCAGCAAACGACAAGAAGAUGGAGGACACCGAGUUCAAGGAGGUUGUGGCCGAGCAUCACAACAUCACGCCUCAAGAAAUCCAGGCUCGUUUCGAGUCUUUGAGGGACCUCAGUCAGGAGCAGAUGGAUGCAUUGAACAAACAGCUUGUAAAACGGCUGGAUUGGAGACUUAUGCCCAUCAUCACUCUCAUGUUUCUGAUGAAUUACCUCGAUCGCAUCAACGUCUCUAAUGCGCGCCUUGCUGGGCUGCAGAAGGACCUGCAUAUGACCGACACCAUCUGGAACACCGGUAUUUCGACCUUCUACGUCGGAUAUUUGAUUGGUCAGCUUCCCGGAAAUCUGUGGCUGGCAAAGGCAGACCCUAGGUGGCUGUUGCCCUCAAUGAUGAUGGCCUGGAGUGCCGGCACCAUCUGCAUGCCAGCUAUGACGAAUGGCGCCGGUUUCGCAGUGUGCAGAUUCUUCAUCGGUCUUUCAGAAGCUCCCUUUUUCCCCGGUAUCACGCUCAUGACCUCCUCGUGGUACACCAAGGAAGAAAACCCUAUGCGCAUGGCUGUUUGGCACGCGGGUAACACCAUGUCCAACAUCUUGUCCAGUUUCCUUGCUGCGGGUAUCCUCGAGAACAUGGAUGAAGUUCUUGGCCUUCAUGCGUGGCAAUGGUUUUUCAUCAUCGAAGGCGCCGCCUCCAUUGUCGUCGCAGCUGCUGGCUACUUCCUUCUCCCUUCAUGGCCUCACAACACCAGGUGGUUGACCAAGGAAGAGUCAGAUAUGGCCCAAUACAGAGUGCAGCUUUCCAACGGUGGACACGAUGAGGAGAUUGGCGGAACCUGGGACGGAGUCAAAGAUGCAGCAAAGGACCCCUUCACGUGGUACUUCUGCCUCAUGCACUUCUCCUUGGUCACCGCUCAGAGUUUCAAGGACUUUAUGCCAUCUAUCAUGAAGACAUUUGGAUUCGAAAAUCUGAUCACCUACCUCAUCCAAGCUCCCCCAUACGCCAUCGCCUACGCAGUUGCCUGCGGUCUCGCAUACACAUCCGGUCGAUUCCAAGAAUCUUCCCUCCACAUCAUCAUCCCAAUCGUCUUCAGUGCCGUCGGAUGCAGCGUCCUCAUCAGCACCCUCAACGUCGGAGCCCGCUACUUCGGUCUCAUCCUGCUCAUCAGCGGUACCUACUCCGGUCUUAACUUGCAGCUCAGUUGGGAAACUACACUUGUUCCCGCUCCACGAAGUAAGAAGGCUGCGCUUAUUGCGAUUGCGAACUGCAUCAGUCAAGUCAGCCAUUGGUUCAGUCCUUACUUCUUCCCCAGGUCCCAGGAACCCUACUACAGACUUGGUGGUGGACUCAUCCUUUUCGGAUGCUUGGCUUGUGUUGUUUCGGCUCUCUUGGUUAGGCUCAGGGCAAUGAGCUUGAAUAAGAAGUUGGAUGAGGCGCAGGGCUAUUCUGAACAUUCUGGCUCUGAGCGCGGAUGGAGAUAUGUUUAUUGA